AUGGCUUCUCCUGUCCGUGAGUCCUCGGCAUCAUCUAGCAAGGCCAUAAGUAUCAACAACCUCAAUUCACAAGAAAUGGGGACCCUCUUCAACCAUGCUAUGGAGGUUGAGGGGCAGCUGGUACGGCAUACUAAUGGUGGGCCGUCGGACUUCGAUGAGUGGUUGCGAAGUAAGAUCCGGAAGAUGAAAGAGAGAGCAAAGGCCAUACACCGGUACCCAGGUUCGGAGCGUAGCGGAUCUCCGGCGCCUCCUCCGACACCUCCCUCCACACCUCCGGAGGACGAGCAGCCCGACAAGGCCCCAGUCCGGAACUCGACUAGGUCUGGGGUAAAUUGUCCCUACUUCCUGCGAAAAGGAUAUUGUCCGGCUGGAGAGGAAUAUUGUCUUGGAGUUCAUGACGAAUUCUUGUUGUGGUUGCGGGAGCGUCAAGAGUUUGCCCUACCAGAGAAAUCGGAUAUACCCCCACCCGAGACCAAAGCACCAUCGACACAGGUACGUCCAUGGAUUCAAGAUCCCGAAAGACCCCUGGUCGUGGGCUCAACCUGCAGGAGCGUGACCGUUUCCUGGCCCAAGCCCGGCAAGGUGGCCAUCUUGGGCUAUGGCAACCUUGAGAUGGCCAAGGACGAGUGCGCCAAGUUCAACGGGGACUCGGUUCCAAGAGGCCAAUUCAAAUUGAUCUGCGGCCACAAGGUUACCGCCACCCUGUCUCCUGAAGCCCGUCCCGACGAAGCACCGCGGGCGUCACGAGUGUCCUCCCAAGUCACGGUGCUUUUUGAGCCCUCAGUCAAGACAACAGACGAGAGUUUGAGGCGCUCAAUCAGGAAAACCUUGAUACCAGGUCCUCGUCAAGUCACCAUGGGAGAGUACACGGCUACGGUAGAGGAAAUGAAGGUCGCAGUGCGCAAUCUUCUAGAACUCUAUGCGCCUCUCGAGUUGUUUCAAGUCUUUGACGACUCGACUGGAACGCGGCUGGAAGGAACCGCAUGGUUUCCGGACCUCGUGGGUGCGUUGGGGGCUUUUAAAGGACUCGACAAAACGUCCCUCCCCUUCUACCCCGAGGGACAGCUGAGUGUACGUCUCCAUAAGCGCACCGAGGCCUGCAGGUCCCACUGUGGUCAAUAA